AUGACCUCCAUCGGCACGGGCUACGAUCUCUCUGCGAGCACCUACUCCCCCGAUGGCCGCAUAUUCCAGGUCGAGUAUGCUAACAAGGCUGUGGAGAACUCGGGUACCGCGAUUGGCAUCAAGUGCAAGGAUGGCAUCGUUCUCGCCGUCGAGAAGCUCGUCCACUCCAAACUCCUCGUCCCUGGUGCAAACCGCCGGAUCCAGACAAUAGAUCGGCACGUCGGACUUGCCACUGCUGGACUCCUCGCCGAUGGCAGACAUCUUGCAAACCGUGCUCGUGAUGAGACGGCAAGCUAUCGCGAUCUCUACAAAGCGCCUGUCACGAUGAAGCACCUCGUCGAGCGCUUGUCCUUGUACGUUCAAGCGUACACCCUCUACUCCUCCGUCCGCCCCUUCGGUAUCAGCUCCAUCCUCGGUGCCAUCGACAAAGAUGGCCCUCAACUAUUCGUUGUCGAGCCCAGUGGUGUUUUCUACGGCUACCACGGCGCCGCUGUUGGCAAGGGUCGGCAGCUUGCAAAGACUGAGCUUGAGAAGCUCAAGUUGCAAGAGCUGUCAGCGCGGGAAGCUGUAACGGACGCUGCACGAAUCAUCUACCUUUGCCACGAGGACGCAAAGGAGAAGGAUUUCGAGCUCGAAAUGACCUGGAUCACGGAGGAGACGAAGGGUUUGCACCUCCCCGUACCCAAAGACCUGCACGACGAGGCGGAGCGGAAGGCGAAGGCGGCGCUGGAAGACGACUUCGAGUAG